CUUCUGUUCUCUCUCUCUCUCUCCUUUGUGUCCUUUUCCUCCCCUCCUUGUGCUCUACUUCCCUAUUGUAUGAAACAUUACCAACCUGUCCUGCCAAUGCCCAUAACCCUGCCCUCCAUUCCUCCCCUGCGCUUUCAUUUCAUUUACUUCUUGUUCCUUCCCCCUGUUUCUGCCCCCUCCUCCUUCGCAGAGCUCUCGAUCACCCUCCUCGCUGUGGUAGUUAUCGUGUGUGGCCUGGCCCUGGUGGCAGUCUUUCUCUUUCUCUUUUGGAAGCUCUGCUGGGUGCCCUGGAGGAACAAGGCCCUCUCGUCGAGCGACGCCGGCCUCGCCCCGCCCUGCCAGGCCCCCACUGGAGGCGGAGACUUCUUGAAGGACAGCAUGGCGACGGACAAGCUCAAGGAGCAGAGCGGAAUGGGCUUCCUGGAGGCAGCGGUGAAGAUCAGCCACACCUCCCCGGAUAUCCCUGCCGAGGUGCAGCGCUCCAUGAAGCAGCACAUCAUGAGACACACCCGCAUCCAGAGGCAGUCGACUGAGCCAGCGUCCUCCACAAGGCACAGCUCUUUCAAGAGGCACCUCCCUCGGCAGAUGCAGGUCUCCAGCCUGGACGAUGACACGGACCUGUACGCCCACGAGCAGCCCACCAGCAUCGGCCGCAUCAAGCCGGAGCUGUACAAGCAGAAAUCUGUGGACACGGAGGAGUCCGCCAAGGCCAAAGGCAAGCCCUGCGGCACCAUCAACUUCUCUCUCCAGUACGACUACGAGAUCGAGGCGCUGGUCGUGCGCAUCCUCAAGGCCUUAGACCUGCCCGCCAAGGACCUGUGCGGCAGCUCGGACCCCUACGUCAAGAUCUACCUGCUCCCCGACCGCAAGUGCAAGUUCCAGACGCGCGUGCACCGCAAGACGCUCAACCCCACCUUCGACGAGGCCUUCCAUUUCCCCCUGCCCUACGAGGAGCUGGCAAGCAGCAAGCUGCACCUCAGCGUCUUCGACUUCGAUCGCUUCUCCAGGCAUGACAUGAUCGGAGAGGUCAUCCUGGACAACCUGUUCGAGGCCUCCGACCUCUCAAGGGAAACCUCGCUCUGGAAGGACAUCCAGUACGCCACCACGGAGAGUGUGGACCUGGGGGAGAUCAUGUUCUCUCUGUGUUAUCUGCCCACUGCUGGGAGACUCACCCUCACUGUGAUCAAGUGCAGAAACCUCAAAGCCAUGGACAUCACUGGAUACUCAGACCCGUACGUGAAGGUGUCCCUGCUCUGCGACGGGCGGCGCUUGAAGAAGAAGAAGACGACAAUCAAGAAGAACACGCUGAACCCCACCUACAACGAGGCCAUCAUCUUCGACAUCCCUCCUGAGAACAUGGACCAAGUCAGCCUGCUCAUCUCCGUCAUGGACUACGACCGGGUGGGGCACAAUGAGAUCAUUGGGGUGAACCGUGUGGGAAUCACGGCCGAGGGGCUGGGCCGAGACCACUGGAACGAGAUGCUGGCGUACCCCCGCAAACCCAUUGCUCACUGGCACUCCCUGGUGGAGUCCAAGAAAUCUGUCAAAGAGUGGCAGGGUCGUACUGCCAGCUUCGACAGCCAGUGCUCCUGCCCUUCCCCCAAGCCUCCUGCCACCCCCUGAGAGAGACCCAGAGAGAGGAGGAGAAGCAAGAGGAGCUGCCCUGGCCAUCGCCGCCAGCACGGCUGUGAACAUACUGUACAGUGUCCCUUACCUAUCCCAGCUUCACAUACCUAUCCCCUCUCUUCCACAGAGAGACACAGAACUCUCCUCAAGCACACUGCAAUUGCAGACUGAACUGUCCGCACAGUGCUGGUCCUGACAGCGCAGCAACGAGAGCUGGAAUCCUCCGAUAAACCACGUUUGCACUCCCUCGGGUGGAUAUUUUUUGUAUUUUAUUAAUCCUGAAUGUGUGUGAAAGGUGUCAUUUUCAUUUUAAAAGCUGUAGAUCUCUCCCAGGACUAAGCUCAUGUAAUACAGGAGAAUGUUCUCUCUCAAGAUAUUUCUUCCUAGAUCGGGGCUCUGUUCACAGAUUAGUGAGUUAUUUAAAGAAAGUCUUUUUAAAAUGUUUUUGUUGCUCUUGAUGGAUUAAAUAAAAGUUUAGAUUUUCAUUAAACUAGCUGUAGAUUUCUGCCGGUACCUAUAUAAAAAAACCUCCCAUUUGUCUGGGGUCUCCCGUGAGGCGCAUCCUCUGAAGGCGCUCUGUGUUGAGUGCAGGAUGCACCCUAUAGCCUGGGGAUCGCAGGUUCCAAUCCAUGCCCCUGCCAACCGUGACCGGGGGGUUCUUCGGGGGGUGGCGCACAAUUGGUCGAGCACUGUCCGGGUAGGGAGGGCUUAGGUCGGCAGGGGAAUCCACAGUUUGCUGCGCACCAGCACCCCCUGUGGCCGAUAGGGCGCCUGCGGGUCUGCAGUGGAGCCAUCAUAUCUGUGUUGUCGUCCCGCAGUACAGGUCUGGUGGCCUCGCUGUGGAUCCGGAUAAUGACGCAUUGGCAGGAGCACGUUUCGGAGGACGCGGGUUCCAGCCUCCGGUUCCCAGAGUCGCAGGGGGAGUUGCAGCGGUGAACCAGGAUACAGAUAAUAAUAAUUGGGCAUUCCAAACUGGGGAGAAAAACUGGGGUAAAAAACCAUUGGUGAUGACUAAAUUAGAUAUAAAAAAAUAAAUAAAAUCUUGUCCUACAAAUUUAGCAAUUUCAUCUUUAAAUAACUAAUAAGCUUUGUGAAUACGGCCUGUUAAAAGUCUUUCAGCUCCACCUCACUGAAGCCUUGGUUUGUGUCUGCUGAACCUGGAAUCAGGUGGACGUGUUUUUCCACCCCCUGGACUCGGCAUUGGGAAGAGGACAGGCAUCGCGCCUGGUCUGCACCCGAGAGGUCUAAAGGGACAGACAGAAGCGAGACAUACUGAAUCAGUUUUAGGAGACGGGGAAGGUUACCUGAGGCAGAAGCAGACCUCGCCUCUGGGAAGCAUUGCUAACGUUUGAUUUUAGAUUCAAUCUCCACGUUCACCCUGAGCUCUUUCACGGAUGGGAGAUGGAAAUUCACAGCUCACAGAAUUGAUUGAGUUUGACGGAAGGGAUUAUGUGUUUGGAAGAAUUGCUUUAAAAAGGAGUGAUAUAACCAGGGAAUGGAAAUCAAUUUUAGCUCCAUCACCGUUCUGUUCCCCUUUUGUUAUCUUCUUUUGGUGCUUUGCUUUUCUUGUGAUACACAGAUAUUUAAAAUAAAGAUUAAAAAGUUGCAUCCUGGUACCUAAACAUCUUCCUGGACUGUAGGUCAGUUUCACUAAAGAGGUCCAGAUUUAAUCAGAUCGUGUAACCUAUAGCACCAGGAAGCAGUAGUUUCAUUACAUUUUUUUUUGUCCUUGAAAAAUCUGUAGUAAAGGAAGCUCGUCAACCUCAAGGGAACCUUUUUUAUGAAAGAUCUCUACCUCACGCCUUCAGGAUUACACACUUCAAUACAUCUGAAGCGCGCGAGGGGAAAGUGAGGUUUAGUGAACGGGCGUGCAUCGCGGCACGUUUAAAAGAUGGGCGUGUGACAAUAUCAGGGUUGACUUGACGUAUUUCAACCUGCCUAAUUACUGCAGUGAAUGAUGCAUGAUUGCAUUUUCACUUUCAUCACAGAUCAAUUUUAUACCACACUUUUGGACGCCAGGGUCAGAUUUCAGGUUAUCCAAAUAACUUUUUUUGUUUGCAAAAAAAGUAAAAAAAAAAAAAAAAAAAAACUAGAAAAUUUAAAUGUAUAAAAAGGUGUGUUUAAUAUCAAGGGGUGUAUUUUUUAAAUUGUUUUUUUGAGUACCGUGUAUAAACCUGCCUUCCUGUUCUAUUUCAACGUUAAUCAAUCUUCGCUUGGCCCUGUUCAUUUAUAUCAGUAAUAAUCCACAGACUUCACACUGCUGAUCCCCUUCACAACUGCAGACCACGGCCCUCAAGCGCAUCGAAUAUCCCAAUGUGUGGACUUGAUUUCAAUACAUUUCAGCACAAGUCAUUGAAAUUAUUAAAUAGGUUAUCAUAGAGUAGUCUUCGGUAAGUGAAAAAAAACGAACCUAAUCACUCUAGUGUUGCUUAUUCCUUAGUUCUAUAACUAGCAGAACACUGCCAGGCUGCUUAAUUGGCAAUCAUGACCAGUUUUUUGGGGGUUUUCUUUUCUGUCAUGUUAGAGUAUGCUUUGGAGCGCCCUCACACAGUGGAGGAGCUAGCUUUAGUUAUGUUUACCUACAAAUAAUCACUCCGACCCCCCCAGUGACACAAUCAACAAAACCCUCCCUUUUAAACAAGUCUCUGACUCACAGCCCUGCUGCUUAGCAGUUCAGACGCAGUGAAACUCUGCUGUAGCUCACCUGCACACAGACCCCUCCCUUACAGAGAGGACAGUAACACAAUGAAAGAUUUCUGUAAAGGAGGAGUUUUUCCUUUGCUUUCCUUUCUUCCUCCUCCUUGUGUUUGAUGCCGUUCUCCUGACGCAGCGGGGGAAGCAGGAGUUGUUUAGUACUGGGUUUAUUUGACUAUAAAUGACAGUGUAGCUUUCUUCCUUUCUCUUUGGAAUUGAUUAUAUUGUGUUUCCGUGUUAAUUAUUCUCAUUCGAAUGAACUUUUCUUCCUGUUCAUGUGCUUGUGUGGAAAGAGUACCUUUACAAUUUUGUACUGAAAUGAGGAUUGUAUUUGUAAUAUGAAUGUUUGAAAAGUUUCUCUGUAUUUUAAAAGAAAAAGAAACUAAUAAAAGGUGUUGGUUUUAAACGUGGUUUGU